UGAGAAUUUCAUGCACUCGUUGAGUAAUUUUUGAUUAGACAAACAAAUGAAUAGUGAUUUCUAAUUUUAUGUAUCGAGUGCUAGUGAAAAUGGAAGGUAUUAAUAUAAAAAGUACUGCAAACAGGUUCAUGAUUAAUUAUACGGUUAGGUUUGUAUCGGCCUCUUUGUUCGUAUAUUCCUGCUGGAUUCCAUUUCAAUAUUUAGGCGGUUGGUUCUCUUAUCAUGUGAUAUUAUGUACUUUUGGGUAUAUACCUUUAAUGGCCGAGGCGAUAAUGUUAUUCGUCGGUGACGAUAUCUGGAGCAAGAAUUUGAGUAGGAGAGCGAAAUAUACGGUCCAUGGUAUUCUAAUUACCGUUGCUACCCUUGUAACAAUUGUUGGUAACGUAUUGGUGUUUGUCUAUAUUGAACCAGGGUAUCACCUUUACACGGCACAUGGAAUUACUGGUUUGGUAUCGAUGAUAAUUCUCAUCAUAUCCAUUAUCCUCGGCCUGGCUGUUCAUUAUCCGGAAUCAACCAAACGAAUAGUCUCUCUUCGGCCGGUGACUUUCAAAUUUCUUCACAACAUUUCUGGAUUGAUGGGAUACGGUAUAGGAAUAAUCAGUUUAUGCUUCGGUUACUUCACUGAUUGGUUUAAAUAUUUCAAUGGAGCUGAAUCGAGAUGGGCAGCUCUGAUAUUCACGAUGGCGGUUUCUCUAUGGCCGCUCAAUGGAGCUUUCGUAUCGUUGUGGAACCAAUGGAAGUCGAUGUUAGAGAGAAGAGCUGAAUCAUCUCCGACACCAUCGGCGAUUUGUUCACCAGAAAUUAUCUGAGAUAUAUAAGACUACUUUUAUAAAAAAUUGAGUUGUUGAGACUUUUAUCUACCUUCCAAGAUGCAAUAACCAAAAAACUUAAAAACAA